CAAAACCCUCCCCUUUGCGUCUUCUCCGAACGCAGGAAGCCAGAAGACUCCUCGCUAUGCAUUCCAUCCUCAGCCCUCUCCUCCGCCGCCGCGCCGGUCGGCUCCACAGCCGCGAGAGCUUCCGCACACUGGUGGACCUAGCGGCCAUCAAAUGGGUCCGAGACCGAGGCCUCGACCACGCCGUCGAGAAGGAGAGGAACCUCUCGCCGCUGCUCAACCUCAAGAACCUCGUCAAGUCCGAGCCUUCCAAGUCCCUCCCGCUCUCUAUCAUCGCCACCAACAGCCAGGCCCUUGGUCUCCCCAUCCGCCCCAUCGAUUUCGUCCGGAAAUACCAGUCCGUCUUCGAAGAAUUCCUCCCUGGUGGGAUCGGAAUCCACCCGCACGUCAAACUCACUCCCGAAACCCUAGGGCUAGAUGCCGAGGAGCAGUUGAUUUACCAGAGUGAAAUUCACAAGCAAGAUUCGGCCGACCGGCUCCUCAAGCUGUUGAUGUUGACUGGAAUUCGCAAAAUCCCGUUGCCCCUAAUCCAUCGCUUGCAACGGGAUCUAGGUUUACCCCAAGAUUACGCCAAAACAAUUGUCCCUGAAGCUCCGGACUAUUUUCGGAUCACUGGUGGCUCUGAUCCCUCAUUGGAAUUGGUGUGUUGGAGCAGUGAACUGGCUGUUUCAGCGAUGGAGAAGAAGGCAACUGAAGGUAAGCUUAUUGAAUUCCAUUUACAGUAUUCGAGAGGUUUUGAGAUGGAUAAGAAGUUCAAGAAGUGGGUUGAUCAGUGGCAGAAAUUGCCUUACAUUUCUCCAUAUGAAAAUGCAUUGCAUCUUCCAGCCAAGAGUGACGAGGCUGACAAAUGGGCAGUCGCGGUACUCCACGAGUUUCUGCAUCUUCUUGUUUCGAAGAAGACUGAGAGAGAGAAUGUACUGUGCUUUGGAGAGUGCUUGGGACUGAGGUCAAGGUUUAAGAGGGCGUUGCUUCAGCAUCCUGGGAUAUUUUAUCUUUCAAGUAAGAUCGGGACGCAUACUGUAGUUUUGAGGGAUGGUUACAAGAGGGAUUUGUUGAUUGAGAAGCACCCGCUGAUGGAUAUGAGGUAUGAGUAUAUCCAUCUGAUGAACACAGUGAAAAAAGAUAAGAAACAACAGAAUGUGCAAGGUGGGAGUGCACAAGGUAAGCCGAGUGAAGAUCAGGUUGAUAAAAGUGAAGAUGAACAGGACGAGGAGUUGUAUGGCUUGUCAGGUUCUGAUGUUGAGCAUGCAAGUGAUGAUGAGGAAGAGGACGAAUAUGAGAGUAGGUCAGUUCGUUCCAGGAAUGCCGAAGGUAACAGAGCAAGAAUUAGAAGGAAUUCAAAAUAUGUGGCUGAGAGGUCUUUGAGAACUUCACUUGCAACCAAUUUAGAUAGAAGAUACCCGAGCAGCAGAACUAGGAGAACAGACCCCGUUGAAGUUUCUAGAAGAACAGUGAUGCGAUCAGAGACACCAAAGUUUUCAAGAACCAGAGGAAGGUCAAAAACUUCUACCUAGAAAUGAUGAUGAUUAUUUUGUGGAGCACAUGAGAGAGAGGGGGUGCAAGAAAUUAUGGGAUAAGCGGGUGUGAUUAAUGUGGUUCCAGCAUAAAUGCAUAAUGUCUAUGCAAAGAAGAUUUCUUAAGAUGACAACAUUGUGCAAACGUAGAAAGAUUUAAAAAAAAAAAAUCAUAUCAAUCUCAAUGCAUAAAUAUAUCAUCUAAAAGGAUGGUUGACGGCUGCCUUGUUGUCCUGGCGGCUCUCUGGUCAGGGAGAGGCAUUCUCCUGCCUGCUGUAUGUGCAAAAAGAGUGACAAACUCAUUUUUGUGCAAUCAUGGCUGGAAAAGAAUAAAGACAAUAAAGACACGAAAAAUAGUGGAUGAAAAUGGUUCCUUUUAAGCAAGAAAUAGAAUUUUCAACUCCUUUAAGAAUUGCUCAUGGAGUACGUGGACACCAGACUUCCACUACCACCAGCAGAGGUGAGGUUUAGUAUCUUGCUGAAUUAUCAGAAAUCAGCAUUUUCUUGCUGCAAGUUCUCAAUGUCGUAAACCAUUAUAAAUGAAUCUGUUAUUGAGUAGAAUUGUGGCAUCCUGCCCAAGUAUUGAUGUUAGUAUUUACUAUUUGUACCAAGUGUUUGAUAAGCAAGAUUUGGUUGGAUGUCUGAUGCAUCCUAUUCAAUGAUUUAAUCAAACUUUAAUCUGGGCACUACUAAUACUGUUCUUAAACCUCCCAAAGAGGGAAAAAAAAAUAAAAAACUGAGACUUUUAUUCCGCUGAAAGGUUGAUUACAUAAAUUCUAGCUCGUUAAUUAUUUUUAUCUAUUGUUUUAUCUUUUGUAAUGCCCUUACAAUUCUUGUUUGAUUCAAUGCAUGUAGCAAUCGAUUAUGUGACACAACCCUUCUUUACCCUUUAUAAGUAUACUAAAGUGCCUCUUUACUUGGAAAAAAAUUUGGGUAUUUGAACCAGUCACCUCAAUUUCUGUUGCAGUGUCUUCGCAGGGCUCUGCAUAGUCAUUCUCAUUUCACAUAUUAAGCAAAAUGGAUAACUUAUUUUAAUGGGAUCAUAGAAAACAUUUACUAUCAAGAUACAGCCGAUUACUAGACUGGUUCAGACUCUUAAAAUAGUAGCCUCGACCAUCUUAUUUUACUCUAGUUUGACCCAUGUUCGUUGUAGCUGCAGAUUAUAGAGUGCACAAUUUGUUUGCAAUGUGUUACUGCAUUUUAACCACUCUUGUUC